ACCAUGGCGGAAACAAAGCUGAUGAAUGACAACAAAUGCGGUUAUUUUGUACUAUGAAAUAAAUUUGCUGUCAGGUUUUGUCGGUGUUUUAUAUCCGCGUUUAUGGUAAAUAAUGCCUUUUACAUACACCUGCUAACACGCUCGUUUCCGGACUGCAGUCCCAGUAGGAGUUUUGCUGUGAGUGCUUUCACGACUGAAACGUAAACACUCGAGUGAGUUGUAGAGGAAUACACACCAACACAUGGAAAUAGCAGUUCUACGCUGAAUAUACAUAAACCGAAUAAAAGGGCAAAACCGCGGAAUAAAAAUUCGUCAGUCAGAUGUUUGUAGGUCGCUGUGCUCAAGUAGCAAUGGCCGACGCCACAAGAAAUUACUAGAUUUUCAAAAGGACUGAAGUGCUCUCGCGGUUAACGGCAGAAUCAGUUGGACCGAGUCUUCCCGUUGACAGAGACGGUGCAUUGAGUGACUUAGCUCUUUGUUUUUGGAAACGUUAGAGAAUGAAGCUCCGCGUGCAGCUGCAGUGUAAAAACCUGCAUGAAUACCUGAGAGAGCUGAGCCCGGAGAUUCUGGACAGAUUGUACAACCACCCAGCCACGUGUCUGGCUGUCUACAGGGAACUCCCCUCUCUGGCCAAGAACUAUGUGAUGCGCAUGCUGUUCCUGGAUCAGCCUCUCCCUCAGGCGGCAGUGUCAUUGUGGGUGAAAAUAGACAGUCAGAAGGAUCAUGAUGAAUGUGUCUCAGUGUUGGCAGGACUCCGCCUGUGGCACAGUCAGCAGCUGCAGGGCGGUCUGCAGGGAUACAUCUUAAACCCAGUGUUCAAAGAGAACCUGAGGAUCGCUCUGCUCGGCGGGGGCAGAGCCUGGGCAGACGAGGGCAGCACUCUGGGUCCUGACCGCCACGCACGCGAUAUUGAGAGUCUUGACCGCUACGCCAUGGAGCGCUGGGAGGUCAUCCUGCACUUCAUGGUGGGUUCUCCCAGUGCUGCUGUCAGUCAGGACCUGGCUCAGCUGCUGGUUCAAGCAGGCCUCAUGAAAAGUGAGGCAGGAGAGGCGCCCUACAUCACCUCCGCUGGUUUCCAGUUCCUCCUCCUGGACACAGCCUCUCAGCUGUGGUACUUCACUCUGCAAUACCUCAAAAGUGCUCAGUCCAGAGGGAUGGACCUGGUGGAGAUCCUGUCCUUCUUAUUCCAGCUCAGUUUCUCUACUCUUGGCAGAGAUUACUCAGUGGAGGGCAUGAGUGAGUCAUUACUCACAUUCCUGCAGCACCUGCGGGAGUUUGGACUUGUCUUCCAGAGGAAGAGGAAGUCGAGGCGGUACUACCCGACCAGACUGGCCAUCACUCUGGCAGCAGGAGUCACUACCAGCUCUUCCUCUUCCUCCUCCUCCUCCUCCUCCUCCUCCUCCUCCUCCUCUAAUUUGGCUUCCACCCCUGGUACAGGAGAUGCAGGCUACAUUGUGGUAGAAACCAAUUAUCGAAUCUACGCCUACACAAACUCGGAGCUUCAGAUUGCUUUGGUGGCUCUCUUCAGUGAAAUGCUGUAUCGCUUCCCCAACGUAGUGGUGGGUCAGGUAACAAGAGAGUCAGUGCAACAGGCCAUCGCCAACGGCAUCACGGCACAACAGAUAAUCCACUUUCUAAGGACCAGAGCUCACCCUGUCAUGCUCAAACAGGCCCCAGUGCUGCCUCCAACAAUCACUGAUCAGAUUAGACUGUGGGAGCUGGAGAGAGACCGGCUGCAGUUCACAGAGGGAGUGCUCUAUAACCAGUUCCUCUCUCAGGCGGACUUUGAGGUGCUGCGGGACAGAGCUCAGGGUCUGGGCUGUUUGGUGUGGCAGGACGUGGCCCACCGAGUGAUGGUGGUGACGCCGCAGGGACACAGUGAGGUCAAGAGGUUCUGGAAGCGACAGAAGACUAACGCUUAACUGGAGGAAGAGAAGCAAGGUGCAGCGAUGUCACUCCUGCUGACUGUUCUUCCUGUUACAUCAGGAUGUUCUUGCUGCCACAGCUGGUGUCAGCGCCGACAGACAGUGAGGACAUAAUCAAACUAUUUUGUAUGUUUUUUUAUAGAAUACUGACUUUCAUAUGUUGUGGAUUAAAUGGUGAUAAGAUGA